AGUACUUGCGUGUGGUGUGUGGCGUCCGAGUGUGCCGAGAUGUUGGCUGUGUACCUCCCCAUUUUCGUGUCGUUGGCUAUGGCGGCUCCAGGAAUUUCUCGCACAUGCUACAAUUACUGCAAUACAAAAACAUCCUACCCAAUCAAAAGCAUUGUGCCCCUGGACUGCAAUUGUGAAGAUUUUCUAGACAUUGCAAUAGAAUCCGAAGAGUCAUCCAAGCUUACUCUUGACGAAACCGGCGUUUACUUUGUACCGGCGGAUGUUCGAAUCAUUCUAGACAAAGUUCAUUACAAGCCUUUCUUCAUUUCAAACCCUGCAAAGUUUUUAUCAAAAACAAGAGAUAGAAUAUAUAGAGAAUUUGACUCCUCUAAAGGAGCCGUAAAUGAUCUCUUGCCUUCGCAGAGCACACAUAUUGACAUAUACGAAAAGAAGGAAACAAUAUCACAUACCAGCAUAAAUGAGGAAUCUGGAAAUUCACCGCUAUAUUUAGAUAUAGAAAUUCAGGAUUCGUCGAAUAUAGAUAGAAUAGCUGAACAGAAAUAUACCUUUAUUAAUGACUUUGAUACCACCGAGAAAGCUUUGGUCAAAUGUCUCGACUUUCAGGUUCUACAUUACACCAGGCAACAUGGAUUUAUGAAAGAAUUUCAAGAAUUCUGGGAAGGCAGAAAUUUACACAAAUAUGAACACUUGUCUGAUUUGGAUGUAGAAGAAAAUAUUAAAACAUGGUGUAGUGAGCCUGCCACUAUAGUACAAAACAGCCUGCAUGAAAUAAAGCAGGGGUUACCUAAAAAACAGCCCAAUUCCAGAGCCGUCAAUAGAAUAACAGAUAAUGUCAAUAACAUUGACAACAUAAUUAAACCUACCAAAACUAUUAUGCCAGAGUUUACGGAGCCAGAAAAAACGACACUCCCGUGCGAGUCCAGCAUCCUGUACGACAAUAUCACUGAAUCACCCAAAACGAGUAAUAAAAGCACUGAAGAAAAUACAUCCGAUACCACAUACAACGGCAUCGAAAACUGGACUGUCAUGGACAUAAACGCGUCUUCCACUUUAAAUAAGGAUAAUAUGGACGAAUAUCAACAUGUAACUUUCCCCGCAGCUGCACUCUCCGAGGUAACAUCGACUACCACUGAGGAUCCAUUAUCAGUAGAUGAUUCGGUUGAAAUUAAAGCCAUUAGUACAUUAUUUACAGAUAAUUUGGAUACUACCACUAGCACACCAGUAGAUACAGAAAAUGAUUUAGUCACUAUGGGUUCUGAAGAUAUUAUGCACACCUAUGUCUAUAGCCCAAUUUUAACAGACAAAUCAGACAGUAACAGACUAAGUGACAAUGACGACGAUCAUUAUUUUAAUAAUACCUCUUUAGUGCACAUCUCGACCACGCCUUUAAGCACAGAACAAACCCUGGGAACUGAAAGUAUCUCUGACACAGAUGUUUUCGGUGAGGAAUCGUUAAACCUCUCAGUCACUGAUGCUUACUCUGAACUUCGAAGUGCGUACGAUGAAAAGGAGGUAAAGAUACCAAGAAUAAUAACCAAGGAAUGUCAAAAUAAUACAAUACAAACUAUAAUAGACGGCAUUGAAGAGUUACCAAAUAAUGAUUUCAGAGAUGAUGAAUCAGACAUAACUGGCCGACUUUAUUUCGUUUCAAACAGAGAACUUAUCCCAGUACGUUUUGUACAAACGAAAGGGGGUAGCGUUAAUUUGGGCAUAGAUGGGACAGGGCUGUGCGAUAAAAUAAUCCGCAAUACUAACAAAAAAUCAAGCUUACUGACAGUCCUAUGUGAAUAUAUACAAAGUGACAUGUAUCGAAAUAAAAACCCAUAAUACAU